CAGUUCGCUGAUAACAUUCCGAAGCCGAUGAUGCACACGAUUUUCUAAUUAUCAGUAAAUUUGAGUUGCAAUCCUAAUUCCUCCGUUUAUCAGCGUUGCAUUUAAUCUAUUCGUGUUGAAAUGUUUUGAAUAAUUUAACUACAACCUUUCCCCGUCGGGAAAGUAAGCUAGUUGCCCACAAUGCUAACCAAAAAGCUAGUUUCAGCUCCCUGCUGGAGAACAAUCCACGGAAGCAGCUGUUACAUCAUUCGGAACCAAGAUUACUCAUCCCAAAAACAAAAUCCACCGUCGAUAGGCGAUUCCUCCCAGCAGGAUCCACCCCAGUCAGCCGGCCAGUUCGAGUACAUUACGCUACAGGAACCGGAAUCGAGCCGGCACCAAGCACGGCAAUCAUCCACCUCCGGGAGCAAUGUGGCCAUCCGGAGGAUCAGUUUGCUGGAUUUGGCCAAAAGCAAACUUUACGAGGCGCAAUCUUUCUACAACGAGUUCAGCGGAAUGAGCGAAGUGAUUGCCGCCCAGAGCAAGGUGAUCGAAAUUCAGAACCAGCUACAGUUGGUGCAGGAACGCCGGAGGCAUAUUUUGCUCGAGUUGACUCUGAUCCGGAAGCAGAUGCAGGACAUUCACGUCGAGCUGCAGAAAGCUGUGCGAGGGGAGCAUCGGUACGUGGAACUGAUCAAGGAGGAAUUUGAUGUGAUAGCACGGGAGAAGGAAAAGAAUCAGAUAUUCCAGAUUGUGGACCAGGAAGAGCGGGAACUGUUCUCGCACCUGACCGCAGCGGUAAAAACGUCGCACGAAAAAGAACGAACCCAGGCCAACAACGUCAAGUACUGGUCCAUCAUUGGUUCGUGUGCGGGUGCUUUACUGGGGAUAAUUGCCACGUCCAUUAACUAUUACUACAGGAAUACGCAGUUCGAGACCAUCAAAAGGACCACCAGUGAUGGAGUGGGGCGGCUGAUGGUGGUGGAUGAGAAAGUUAAUGGUCUGAGAGAUUUGCUGAGCUACAUAGUCGAGUAUGUAACGCUGAGGAAGCAGGAAGAGGAAAAGGAACGCUUGAGGGCACUCAAGGAAGCCGAGGAGCAAAAGCGGAGGGCAACCGAGGGCUGGGGUAGUUAUCUGAAAAGAAAUUCUUUGCGGGUGUACAGGUAUUUCCUACCAAAUACUAAUAAAUAGGACCGACGAUUUGUUAUAAAAAAAUCGAUAAA